AUGAGGGAACUUCAUCUUUCUGCCAAUCGUCUCACAAACAUCACUAAAGAUUCCACAAAAGGGUUAAGAUGCGUCGCUAGACUAUAUUUGUCACGAAACARAAUUAGGUUUAUCGAAGAGGGAUCAUUCAUUAGUCUACCAUUACUCGUACAUAUUGCGCUUUCAGAUAACAUCAUUCAACAUAUUGAACCAAAUACGUUUCCAAUCAAUUGCCGAAAUAUAAUAUUGUCUUCAAAUCGUCUGGUGAUUAUCGAAAGGCACUACUUUGGAGAUCUAAAGCGCCUUAGGACAAUAGAUUUAAAAAACAACAGUAUUUCUUCGAUUGAAGACAGAUCUCUUGAUUCUCGAGGUCUUGAAUAUACGGAUUUAAGAUUUAAUAGAAUUACCAACAUUUCAGCUCAUCUAUUUCAAAAUACAGACACGAUGGAAUUGUACUUAAGUGCAAACCAACUAGGAGAUCUACCUGACGAUUUAUUUCUGGGGGUAAAGGCAUUAUAUCUCUUGGACAUCAGUAAAAAUCAACUAACUAAGAUAACCAACAAAUUUCUCAAAAAGUGCACAGAGCUUUUGUUUUUUACUGCCAUGAAAACAGGAUUAACAGAAAUCGAAGACAUGGCAUUUCAAGAUUMUCGUUGGCUUGGAUACUUAUUUUUAGAUAAUAACAAGUUGACCAGAAUUACGAAGCUAACAUUCCAUGGAGCUUUCUACCUUUUGUACCUGACUCUUUCCAGUAACCCAAUCAGCGUUAUAGAGGAAGGCGCUUUCUCUAGGAUGAAGGAUCUGGCCGCGGUAUAUCUCAUUGGCACCAAACUCCAAGUCAUUGACAUUGGAUCAAGAGCAACUUUUGCUUCCAGACAACUACACAUCGCGCAGUCAACGGGCAAGAAUCUACCAGGCAUUGAAACAGUAUUCAUCGGAAGACCACUUUUACGCAGCUCUGGUUACUGGUGUCUAGGAAAGGCAAACGAAGCUAGCGCAUUUAAGUUCUGUUUCCCAUGUGAUCAAGGCGAAUACAAGCUCCAUGUCUUUAAUGAGCGUGGUUGUCAUAAGUGCCCACCAGGUGGAUUUUACCAAGACAGCAUAGCACAUGUUGGUGAGCUGGUUCAUGGAAUUGGUUGCAAGCAGUGUCCCGUGGGGACCUACGUCASUCCUAAAAAUGCUCCUGGAAGGAACGAAGAAUUUUGUUCGGCUUGUCCAAAAGGAACAAACCUUAAACGGCUAGCUGCCUUCAGAGCAUGUCCUUGUCUCGACAAUUAUUACCGUUUAAAUCGGUUUGGCAACUGUAUUCAAUGUCCACUCGGUUACGAAUGCGCCAAUGAAACGGUAAACCUACAUCCGGGUUUUUACUGGAUAUGGAAUAGUGAAACCGUUAAAAAAGCUUACCUGACAUUCACUGACAAGCUUCGAGUAGAGAACAAAGACCAUGAUUUGAACUGGAUAACAUUUAAUGACUCACUUCCAGUGGCUUAUCUGUGUCCAUUCGUGGGUUCAUGCGAGGGCGGUUUUGAWGCAAGGUGUUCUGAUGGUUACGAAGGAACGUUGUGUGCUGUMUGUUCCAAGGGAUUCUACAAGAUGUACUCUGGCUGUAACAAGUGCCCUUCGUUGUAUCUGUUCGUKGGACAAUGCUUAGCCGUGUUGGUUGUGAUUGUUGUGAUAGUGUUAGUCAUCAUUAAAGAAAAAAGAUCCGAAGUAUCAAAAGGGCGGUCCGUCAUAGACACUAUCUUUGGCAGUCUUAAGAUCAUCAUUGGUUUUUAUCAAGUGACCAGUGGCACACUUCGAGCCUACUCCUAUAUUCAGUGGCCUGCAGCUCUCACGAAGUUGAUGAAGUUCGCAGAUGUGAUCCAGCUGAACAUCUUCAAGCUCUUUCCGGUAGAAUGCGUGCGAAGUUCCAUCAAAAUAACACCAUACAUUGGCCUUGUCRCUUAUGUAUCACUCGAUGUACUUGUCAUUAUUUCUGCAAUCGGGUAUUUCAAUGCUAGGAAAUUCUUCUUGAGAAUGACAUUGGUGGACGGCGAAGGGCAACAGAGAAAGAAGCWAUCCAAGUGCAAGACCAACUGCUAUCGAGCUGUGUUUCUUUUUCUGUUCCUUACCUACCCAGCAACUUGUGAGAAAGUAUUCCAGGUUCUUCCAGCUGGCUGUACYAAGGUCUGUGACAACCAGCAAAACUGCAACUGGUAUCUUCGAUCAGACUACUCCAUCCAGUGCUACACAUCAGUCUACAACAAGUUCGUUGUCUUGGCCUAUUUUGCGUUGGUCAUUCCUAUUAUUUUUCCAGUUGUYGUGGUUCUGCUCUUAUGGAAAUACUGCAGAAACAAGAACAAAAAAGAGGACGAAUUUACAAAGGAAAAGGACUUACUCCCCCAUAAGAAAAGACAAAAUAAAGCCAACGAAUUUCAGCUGAUGGUGGGGAAAUACGAUAUCAAGRCUGGUAUGAGGUUCAUUUAUGAGAAUUACAGCGAAGAUUGUUGGUACUGGGAAGUGAUCGAGCUUGUUCGUAAGGUCAUUCUAACUUCCGUACUUGUGUACUCAGGCCAGAAUGGACGCUUGUUUCUUGGCGUUUCAGCCAUCAUGUCUGGAUUCUAUGCUGUAUUCUUCGCCUACUCCAAACCUAUUCCUCACAUGUUUGAACACUGGCUCCACCUGGGGUCUCUGAUGGCUACACUUGCUAAUCAACUGAUGGGAAUGCUGCUUAAGAYUCCUGCAGAAACAGUUUCCAUGUCAGUGGAUGAAGAAGAUGAUAAUCUUGGUAUCAGCGUAAUGCUGGUGUUUGCAAAUGUGUUUCUCAUGGUAAUGAUCAUAGCUCGCUAUUUAUAUGGUGUGGCUAUUUCUCUCCUGAGAGUCAAGGACAACCCAGAGUGCAGUCUUGAUUGUGUCAUGACUGUAUUCCAAGCCAUGUCUACUGGUACUGGACAGCAGAAAUUGACCACAGGUGUUCGCAAGAGCCCCAAAGCUGACUUUAGUAAAAAUCCUUAAGAUAAUGYGGUUAUCUCACUUAUUUACUUAUUUAGUUGUUUAAUGAAUUUAUUGUUAAUCAGGCAUUUAUUUCGAAAAUCCUUUGAAGCUAUAUUUGUGAAAGUUUUUAGAAGGUGCAAUUAUUGCUAAAGAAAUUUCCUGCUGUUUGAAGCCAAUCUYGCGUCAAGUAACCUAUACAUAUAUUAUACAGCCUUUAACAUUAUGCACAUUUAUAAGCAAUUGUUAGCCUCAUUGGGUAUGAUCUGCUAUCUAAUCUGUUGUAUAUUCCUUGCCAUCAAUUAGCUGAAAUAGUUUAAUAAAAACGACUCACAUAAGAGGUAAUACUGACCCAAAUCUCUUUGUAGGCACUUACAUGUAAAAGUGCUUUUGCAUUUGGAGCUCAUUUAUCCUCUUUUGAAUUAGCCA